GUGUGAACAUGACAAGUUUCGCAUUCAACACUGCACUUUCCGUUUUCGCUUCCUUUUCCAAUUUUUUCUGACGUUUUCUGGCUGAUGUGAUAUUUCAGUACAUCGUACAAGAUGGGUACGUGGAAGCUGGAAGUGGUUAAGAUGUCUAUCUAUGUGAUGUUCCCUGUGACCAUGUUUUAUUACUUCAAUCAGACAGACCUCUUUGAAACCUAUGUCUCCAAAAAAGUUAAAGAGAUGUACCCUCCCGAGAGCAAGAUGCAUAGGCAAGAGUUGGAGGGUCUACGUCAAAGAAUGCGGAUAAAAUAUGAGGAGAAGCUGAAACAUUUAGAGACUGAAGAAAGGGAGCUGAUUGCUAGUGCUAAGAAGUCUGCAUCAAGAUAGUCCCAUGCUGUGCCUUUUGUGAUGGACUUGUUUUAUUAUUAAAUUGUGCUGGAGCGUGUCAUAUUGAAUGGACUCUCAGCGAUCGAUGAUCAGGUCAAAUUAAAUUGCAUCUUUGAAGUGAUCAGCCAUUUCUAUGGUGACACGAUCCCAGCAAUAAAGGUCAACUGCGUUAUACCGUCUCCCUGAAGCAAGCUGAAGAUUCAUGGAAAUGGACUGGGACAAUUUUCAUGUUUAUUCAUUGUUGAUUAUUGUUUUAUUUUAGAGAAAUAUCUGAAAUGAUUAUGAUGGUCAUGCAGUACCUUUGCCUCAAAAAGCUGGGCCCUUCUCAGUAUCAAAUAAAAAUACAGUCGAUCAGUCAUGACUACAAUAUUUAUAUUCUUAAAUAUGGAGUUAGCAUUGAGGGGUAUAUGUACUUGUUUGGAAAAAUCUGAGAUGCAAUAGGUUUCUUUGAGUUUUCAGCUUAGAAACACUUCGUAUUGGGAGAUGUUAUGAUGUGAGACCACAAAUCGUCUUUCUUGUAGCACCUCUUACCAGACAUCAUGAAAUCAUUAAAGGGCGAUUGAGGUUGGUGAUUGAAUGUCAUGUUAAAAUGCAUCACUGAACUUUGAUUCAAGAUGUAGUGCAAUGUAAAUGCCACUUUAGAGUAUCGGAGGCUUUGGUACAGUACCACUGUUCUGUUCUAGGAAAAAAAAGUUUGAUUGAUAAUAUUGCUGCUUCUUUUGCCAGCAAGCAUGUAAAGUGGAUACAAGGAGGACAUGACAUGUAUUAAUGUAAUCUCACAUGCAAAGUAAGUGGCUCUGUUGAAAGUAAUCUUUUGUGAGACUUUUUCCUACUUUUGUGCAUUUCAUUCAUAAUGAACUGUACAUACAUGCAAUUGAUAUUUGUUUUAAAGAUUAUUACUCAUUGUAUAUUGGAACAAAUUUUGGUUACAUUAUUAAUAAACCAACUUGAAAUAACCCUACA